AUGGCGUCGUCGUCGAACAUAACGCAAGUGUUGGAAACGGGCUCGAAGAAAAUGUCUGUAGGAGAUUACGACGAAAUUUACAAAUUCAGCUGUGAUCUGGUGAAGCGCGUCGGGGCAGAGAUCGUUGCGGCGUCGCGAGUGCGCGAAAAGCUCUACGAGACUAAGAGCAGUGCGAUCGACUUUGUCACGGAAACGGAUGGCCGGGUGGAGAAGCUGCUAAUGGACGCCAUCGCCAAGAGGUAUCCGGACCACGUGCUGAUUGGUGAGGAGAGUGCAGUCGAAGGCAAGCACCAGGAGCUGACUGACGCGCCGACGUGGAUCGUGGACCCAAUCGACGGCACGAUGAACUUCGUGCACUCGUUUCCCUGCUCAGCCAUUUCACUCGCGCUGUGGGCCAACAAGACGGCUGAGGUGGGACUCGUGUACAACCCGACGGAGAACAAGCUGUAUUCCGCACGGCGUGGCGGCGGUGCGUUCCUCAACGGUGAUCCGAUCCACGUGUCGGGAACUAAGGAGCUGUCGCAGGCCCUGGUCAUGUUCGAGGUGGGCACGAGUCGAGAUCCGGCUAAGCUUCGUUGUGUCGCAUCCAACUUCGCCGCGCUACAUCCCAGGAUCCACGGGUUCCGUUCCCUAGGCUCGGCGGCGCUCGACAUGUGCAUGGUGGCCCAGGGAGGCGCGGAUGCAUACUACGAGUACGGCCUGCACUCGUGGGACAUGGCGGCCGGCGUGCUGAUUGUGAGGGAAGCUGGCGGCUACGUGUGCGACACGACGGGCGCUGAUUUUGACCUUUUGUCGCGCCGAGUCCUGUGCGCUGCUAAUUCGGAGCUUGCCUCGCAGAUGUCGCCCAUGCUAGCGCACGUGGAUCUUCCCAGGGACUAAAUUCCACUCUCCCUCUGUCUCGGCUUUUUGUUAUUCCUUUCCGAACAAUGGGCUAUAACACCUCAAACUGGCCAUCACCGAUAGAACUCCCUCCUUGUUUUCUCCGACUCUUUUUGUCAUUUCUGAGCAAUUUUCCCAUCCCCAUGAGCCACGAACAUAGCGUAUCCAUUUGCUGAUCGAUUGAUCGGGAGCAAGGAAGAUUUCCAGCGCAGUCGGCGGAAAAUUGAGCGCGAUUGAAUGAUUCCUCCACGUGUGCUUACGAUACUUAUGAUUGCGCUUUGAAUCUGAAUCUACAUUGCGGCAAUUGUUGAAGACACUGGGCGUGUGAAUGAGUCUCAGUGUUGGUAUGAAAAAGAAGUACGUCUUCUGUAGUAAUGAUGAAUUUCCGAUGCAGGAAUCCUUCUUCGGUUGUUAAUGGAAGAACUUACCUAUACUACAGACUACUCGUUUGAUUUGUCUUGCUUUUUAAAGUUGAGGUUUUCUGUGCAGUACGAUACUACGGUAUGUCGAGCAUAUAGCGCCAGCAAACAUGCAUGACUGCAUGAAACCUUGAAAUAUUUAUUGAUCCCCGUUCGCUGUUAUUUUCAUUCUAUAUACUGUAUCUCCCAUUUUCCUAAUCGCGUCAUUUUUUUGGUUUUUCAAAGUACAGUACCGUAUUUUGAUCGACUGUGUUUUAACCGUAUUCAAUCGGACCAGUCGUUGAGCUGGUAGGCAUUGGAAUUAGUUGAUGAAUUGAUUUGAUGGUACUGAUGUGCUGGAGGUUAUUCUGCCCUCCGUGUUGAUCGCGGUUACCGACAAGAAAGCCCUCGGUUCGAUUGUAUUCGGAUGCGAAGGCGAGGCAUCUUUUUUUAAUUUACUGUGGAAUGAGGAAUGAUUUUGGAUCGUUGAUUUUGCGUGUCGUUCUCGCAUAAGCUUACGGCUGGGGAUUCUUAUCUCGGCCCAUUCAUGAAACGUGCUCGUUUCGUCCGUUUGAAUCAGGAGCCGAUUUAAUUUGCCUUAUCGAUAUUUUUGAAAAUCAACCUUUACUGUCACAUGCUUCUGCUACCUGAAUGUUGUGUGCACAUGUGAAAACGAAGGAAGGAAGUGAUGGAAUCGUGUGUUUACCACAAGCUGUCUUUCUGAGGCAAGCGGCAACGAAGAUGACCUCCGCUCAUACGGGUGGAUCCACGCGUUCACUCUAAACGUGUUAUGCACGUACCAAUUUUAUUCCGUCUUUCCUUUGCCGAGAAUGGAAGGGAAACUGCUUCACUGUACUGUACGUGCUUGCACAUUGUGGAAUCAAAGCGCUGCUAGUCACGGGACAUUUUUGCUGCGACCGCAAAGGUGAUGGUUGUUCAUGUUGAUGUGGACCCGAGAUGUGGAAUGCCGAAAGGAUUUGUGGAUCGACCGGUCGAAGAGAAAAGAAAUUGCAGUCGUCGCGUUAUUGAAUUAUUAUUUUUGUUCAUCAUUAAUCCUGGGCGCUGAUGAUUCGUUCUUAUGCUUCGAUUCGUGGCAUUUCAAUUGUCCGAUAGCUCGUGCGAAAAAUAAAUGGUGAAACAGUUGGA